AUGGCUGUGAAAACUACUCCCCGAGCCAACCAUAUUCCGAGCGCCCACAAAGCUGGUAUCUCCGUCAAGACCGGCGGGUCCCUCGGCGCCAAGGCCCGCGCCUCGCGAAGCUGUUACUCGUACAAGCGCUACUACUUCGCGGCGGCGGCAGCCGUCGCGGUCCUCGCCAUCUUCGACUGGAUCCCAAAAUCGUUCCCGACCACGAACGCUGUCCUUGCGCCGUUUUCGUUCUUCACGCUGCUCCCGAUGGCAAUUCAAGUCGUGGGGCUGACCCUGGUCUUUGCAAUCACGGCGUUCUUUGCUACUUCUGGCCGACCAUUCCUCUUGUUUGCCUGGAACUGCUUCAUUCGCCCGUUCUUACACGCCAACCAGGCCAACGGUGUCGACUCGGAUGACCACCAAGCACGCCUCGAACAUUUCUAUGAAUCUCAAGCAGAUAUUUACGACGUCACGCGUCGCCGCCUCCUCCGCGGUCGGUCGACCAUGCUCAAGUUAUGCGCGGCGCAGCUGGCUCAAUUCUAUCCUCUACGUCAACCCACCAUGUCCAGCGACUCGGAAGGCGAAGUGAUGGCUCCUCUGUCCCCGCGGCACCCUCGUGGCGCGAACCGCCGGUUCGCCUGGAUUGACAUUGGCGGCGGCACCGGUGAAAACAUUGAGCGCAUGAACCAGUUCUUUCCGAUUGCCAACUUUGACAAGGUCUACUUGGUGGACAUCACUCCGUCGCUGUGCGAAGUCGCGCGCCUGCGGUUCGAGCGCUUGGGCUGGGACAACGUGACCGUGUUGUGCAUGGAUGCGACCAAGUUUACCGUGCCAGAGGAAGACGGCCAGGACAUCGAGAUCGCGCUCAUCACGCUCAGCUACUCGUUGAGCAUGAUGGAAUCGUUCUACGGGAUGGUGGACUCGCUCACCAACAUCUUGUGCCCGACCGGAAUCCUCGGCGUGUGUGACUUUUACGUGUCGCCGAAACGAUCCGCCGACUCGACGCGCCAGUUGAGCUGGAUCAUGCGUUGGUUCUGGCAGAUCUGGUUCGACUUGGACAAUAUUUACUUGCACCCGUCUCGCCGCGAAUACCUCGAGUACCGCUUCAACACGAUCAAGGCGCUGAACGGCCGCAACCACUUUAUUCGUCCCAUCGUGCAGAUCCCAUACUACGUUUGGCUCGGCGCGCAGAAGAACGAGGUCGUGCCGUCGACGGCAUUUGGCCUUGACGACGCUGGCCAAGACCGCGUCGAGACAGAAUCGAACGCGAGCAACUCGGACGGCGCGAGCGAAGACGCUGAAGUGAUGGCUGUCGAAGGCAUCGUGACGUACAAGCACGUGCACGGCAGUGGCCAAAAGUGGCGCCAACCGUUCGAUGUCAAGCUCAUCCCGCGCUUCAACACGUAUAUUUACUGCUUUGCGUGGGAAGACCCGCGCGUGGACUUGGAAUUCUUGAACUUGACGCGCGACGAUCGCAUGAUGGUCAUCACGUCUGGCGGAUGCAACGCACUCGAGUACGCGUGCCGAGUCGGCCCUGCCCGCAUCCAUUGCGUCGACUUGAACCCGUGCCAGAACAACAUGCUCGAGCUGAAGUUGGCCGGGCUGGCGUCGAUGGCUUAUAACGACUUCUGGAAGCUGUUUGGGAAGGGUUACAUCGCCGGAUUCAACCACCUCCUCGACACCCACUUGAGUCCGUUCCUGUCGCCGCAUGCGUACCAUUUCUGGAAGCAAAACGCGACCUUUUCCAACCUGUUUGAGACCGGGUGCUCCGGUCUCGCCGUCCGCGUGUUCAAAUUCGUGGUGGCUGCCCGGGGCCUCAAGAAACAAGUCCGCGCGCUAUGCGAAGCCAAGGAUUUGGAAACACAGUGGCAGGUCUGGACAACGGAGCUGCGUCCGCACAUUUUGAGCCGAUGGCUGAUCGCGCUCCUAAACAACGAUCACUUUUUGUGGGGCGCCCUCGGCGUCCCGCCUGCCCAGAUGCAAAUGCUGCUGGAAGAAGGAUCCGCCCAAAGCUAUGUGGAAAACACCAUCGAUCCGGUCAUGCGCCACUCGCUCCUCCGCACAGACAACUACUUCUACUACUCGUGCCUCAUGUGCUGUUACAGCCAGCUGAACGCGCCGUCGUACUUGAAACAAGAGGGUUUCAACGUGCUGCAGGCCGACCCAACCCGCCUCGAUGCGAUCAAAAUUCACACCGCCACAAUCGUCGAGGUCCUCCACCGCGAAAUCCCUGACGACGACCUGACCCGCGUCAUCCUGAUGGACCAUCUCGACUGGUUCUCGGAGGAAGAUGCGGAAGCUGAGAUCCGCGCCGUGGCGCAAAAGAUGAAGCUCGGGGGCCGCGCCUACUGGCGGUCUGCCGGCAAGUACCCGUGGUACAACACCCUGUUUGAAAAGUGUGGCUUUCGGGUGUACCCGUGCCAGAUCCGCGACGGCGACAACUUGUUCAUCGAUCGAGUCAACAUGUAUGCGAGUUUCUGGGCCGGCGAAAAGGUCGACCUGCCUGUAAUGUAAUAGCUGAAAACGCCCCCUGACCA